AUGAGUAAUACCGAGUUACAAACCAUCACCAUUGCCGAAUCGGCGCGAGCCCCAAGCUUACGAAACCAUGCUCAAUCUUCGCCGGUUCAUCGAGCUAUGGAGGAUGAGGGUCCAGGUGACGGAAGAGCAGAACAGGAACUGGCGCCUGUAGAUGGAGGAGGUGCUGCCUGGAGACUACUCUGUGCUGCUUUUGUAUUUGAGACGUUGCUCUGGGGCUUCCCACUUUCGUUCGGUGUCUUUCAAGAAUACUAUAGUAGAGUGCCAGAAUUUGCCAAUAAUAGGUACAUUUCCGUGGUGGGCACAAUAGCAUCCGGCUUUGGUUAUCUCGGUGCACCAGUCGUGAUGCCUUUCAUUCAGCGGUAUCCGUGGUGGCAGCGACAGAUGAUUUGGGUUGGCUGGCCAAUCUGCAUUCUGGGACUGGUCCUAGGAUCUUUUGCUUCUACUUUAGAGGUCCUUAUCCUCACGCAAGGUGUGGCUUACGGCCUCGGCUUUCUGAUAUUCUACUAUCCCAUUCUCAGCAUGGUUAACGAGUAUUGGAUCGCACGCCGCGGCAUGGCUUACGGUAUCCUUUGUGGUGCAUCCGGGGUCUCAGGUUCCAUUAUGCCGUUCGUGCUACAAGCACUGUUAGCCAACUACGGAUAUCGAACGACACUUCGCAUUGUGGCCGUGGCACUCACGCUUCUUACUGGACCCUUGAUCCCUUUCCUGAAGGGCCGUCUGCCUCCCUCAGAGCGCGCUACAAUUCCUAGAAUGAAUUGGACCUUCUUUCGGAGCCCUUUAUUUUGGGUGUACUCGUUGUCGAACCUGCUGCAAGGAUUUGGUUACUUUUUCCCAUCUUUAUAUCUUCCCUCCCAUGCCGCCUCCCUCCAGCUCGGCGAAAGAAGCGGUCCUCUCCUUCUCGCACUCAUGAGUGUUUCUCAAGUUGGUGGCCAGUUUAUUUUCGGCUUUUUAUCUGACCGCAAGGUACCAAUCAAUGUCCUAGCCUGUUUGUCGACCGCAGUUGCAGCAGUUGCUUCCCUCACUCUGUGGAAACUGGCCACUUCGCUACCGCCUUUAAUUGUUUUCACUCUGCUAUAUGGAUUUUUUGGUGCUGGGUUCACGGCCACCAGGGCUCGCAUGAGUACUGCUAUUACUGAUGAUGCAACUUCUAUGCCAAUCGUCUUCAGUCUCUUGAACUUUGGCAAAGGUGUCGGGAAUGUACUUGCUGGGCCUAUUGGAGGUCUUCUUAUGUCGGCCUCGAAGCCCACUGCUGAAGCAGUUCCAUUUCCACUUCACUGGAUCAUCAUUUUUACUGGCGUUUGUAUGUUCGCCAGCGCUGCUGUCAUCGUUCUGCAGUAUAUUAAGAGAUAA